AUGCCAGGACUUUCAUCGGAAACACGCAUCAAGGGGCUCUCCACUUUAAAUCAUAUGGGUCCUGAAACUCUUGCGCUACCGUGUCCACAUUUUCAUCGUCCCCAAAUUCUCAACCGCAGCUUCAAACGCUUUGUUCUUCUUUCUGCUUGUUUUGUGUUGGGGUUUCCCGCUUUUGGCGUGGAUGAUAAUUUGAAUUGGAAGAGUCGCAAUUUUCGAAUUUCAACCGGGGUGCUUGCGGUUACCUCAACAGCUCCAAAACAUUGGAUGCUGGACAAACUCGGAGGAGUAUUCGCUGUUCGCCCACGAUCUGGACCACAUAAGCUGAGGGAGUGUCUUCCAAUCAACCUCUUCCUUCGCAACCGUCUGAAGGUCAUCAAGGUUGAUGGCAAGAUCCGUACCGAUCACAAAUUCCCAGCUGGAUUCAUGGAUGUGAUCACCAUUGAACGCACAAACGAGACCUUCCGCCUAUUGUACGACGUAAAAGGUCGUUAUACUGUCCACAGAAUUACCGCUGCUGAAGGACAGUUCAAGCUGUGCAAGGUGAAGGCACUUCAUGUUGCCAAGGGAAAUAUCCCAUUCAUCACCACCACCGACGGACGCACCAUCAGAUACCCUGACCCGCAUAUCAAGGCCAACGACACCGUUGUUAUUGACCUCUCUUCAAACAAGAUUACCGACUACGUUAAAUUCGAAGCUGGAAACCUUGCUAUGGUCACUGGCGGUAGAAACGUCGGGCGUGUUGGAGUUAUUGGACAUCGUGAAAAACUUCCCGGAGGUUUCGAUAUCAUUCACAUCAAGGAUGCUGCUGGUCACUCCUUCGCCACACGUGUCUCCAAUGUGUUCGUAAUCGGAAAAGGAAACAAAGCUCUCGUCUCAUUGCCGGCUUCCAAGGGUAUCCGUCUCACAAUUGCUGAAGAAAGAGACAAGCGAUUGGCUCAAAAGAAAGCUUAAGUUUGUUGUUAUUUGUUGAUAAAUGAUUGUUACUAUUCUUCUUUUGCAUAACAUUUACGAA